AUGUUACAGCGUGUCAAGGAGGGCCUGAUGCGCCGUAUUGCCGCAACGACGAUGCCGCCGCAGCAGCGGGAAUGCGACUCGUCAAGGCGCAAAAUGCCUAUUCAGGGGCUGCGGGCCCCCGCAGGCGCGUGCGCUGGGUGCGCAAGCACGAGUGAUGCGGUGACAAAGAAGUCGAGGGCGACGCUGGAAGAGGGUUCACCAUACGACGAGGCGGAUCUUCGCGAAGUGCUGGCGAAAGAUCCUGUGCCCCUUGAGGAGGUAUGUAGCCUGAGCCGCCAUGGUUGCCCGGCUGCGUUUCGCUGCGAGGUGUGGGGCUAUCUCACCAGCAUCCUGCAACCGCUGCUUUCAAACCGUGCCGCCGUGCUCGCACGCAAACGCAAUGAGUACGUAGGUUAUGUGCAGAGCAGCUACGAGGCGGUGGACUGGAGCGCCGCGUUGAAGACAGUGGAGGAAGAAGGCUCGGCUGCUUCUGCCGUUGCAGCGUCUGCAGUGCGCGCCAACGCAUCUGUGGUGCAAAGAGCAGGGGGACACGAUGAUAUUUCGGCCAUGGCCUCGAGCGGUCAUCACCUGAGGCAGGUGGGUGUGCGACUUGGCGUUGCAGGCGACUCAGAACUGCUUAUGCUGAAACAGAUACGUAAGGACGUUCCUCGCAUGUCUGCCGGUGUGGCAUAUCUUCAUCAUAGUCGUGUCAUGCUAUCCAUCGAGCGAAUCCUAUACAUAUGGGCGCUGCGUCACCCAGCGUGUGGUUACGUGCAAGGGAUGAACGAUCUCAUCACCCCCUUCAUCAGUGUCGUGCUGGCGAACCGGUUCUGCACCAGCAAGACAGUGGCGGAGUUGCACUCGCUGGGGGAAACGGAGCUGGAUGUGCUGCUCUCCACCGAGGCCGUCACGGAGGAGGCGUGGAUGUACACAGUCGAGGCCGAUACGUACUGGAUGGCCUCCUACCUGCUGAGCGCGGUGCAGGAGAACUACACGUACAAUCAAAAGGGCCUCUACAGCAUGGUGGAGAAGUUAGAGGCGGUGGUGCGUGCUGCGGACGUAAAGCUUUACAAGCACCUGCGCGAGGAGCUACAGGUAGACUUCAAGCAAUUUGCUUUCCGCUGGAUGAACUGUCUGCUGCUGCGGGAACUCAACGCGACACAGUCGCUGCGUUUGUGGGACUACUACCUUGCGGAUGUGGAGAAGGACUGGAGCACCACGCACGUGUACGUGUGUGCGGCGCUACUGAUGCGGUGGUCGCCCGCACUCCGCAGUGAGUGGGACUACGGCGUUGUGAUGAAGUUCCUGCAGAAUCUGCCGACGGAAGAACUAGGUGACCGCGACCUCAGCGCCCUCAUAUCGCAGGGUGUCAUGAUGCAGAAGCUGUACAACAACACGCUGAAUCAUCUCACGCCGUAUUGA